UUCUGUUACAAGCAACAGAAAACAGAGUAAGGCAGCAGCAACAGGAAACUAAUAUAGAAAGUAUCAGGAAAAUGAAUGGCUGUAUCAUGCUCCCUUUUGUCAUUUGAAGUUGCUUUUAUGAGCAAAGCUUGUCUUACCUAGCAACAGUUGCUAAGUAAGUUAACAACUUAAUGCUAGAGUCUGGGAAGGAGCAACUGCUUAAAUCUUCUCAAAUCUGGUGCCCAUACCUUCUAUGGCAGGGGCUUUUAGUACCAUUCUUUAAUGUUAAACACAUAACCACUACCUAAUCAUGUGAACCAUUUAAUCCUUACCAGCCUCUAGCAUUAUCCUAAAACCCUGAACCUCUUCCAGCUUUCUUAAACGUUCAGCUUUUCUUGAAACGACUUUUUCUGAUUCUAAGAUUAUUUUAACUGUAAAUAGGAGAAGACAUCUGAAAUUUAACUAUGAUCAGAAAUUCAGAUUACAAAAACUUUGUUUGCUGUGCUGUUUGUAAUAAAAUAAUUCCACCAGCCCCUUUUGGAAAAACCUUCAAACGGAUCCAUGAAUACAAGCCACUUAAGACACGCUUUUACACUCACAAAGACAUACUAGAUAUUGGGGCAAAUAUUCUGAAAAAAGAAGAGCAGUUUCAAGAAGAUAUACUCAGAGAACACAUUGCGAAAGCAGAAGCUGAAGUAUGGGCUCAGGCUAAUGAACGUCAAAAACAAGCAGUGGAGAAAGCACUUGAAGAAGCAAAUGACAGACACAAAAUUGAAAUUCAGAUUUUGAAAGAGGAACAUCAAAAAGAUUUACAGGAAGUGACAGCUAAAACUAAGACAGAGAUGCAUCAAAACAUGGAUGACGAAAUGGAGAGAGAGCACUUGGCUGCAGAACAGCGCAUGGUCCACAGAAUCCAAAGGAUUAUGAUGGAAUGCCACAGAGAGAAGGUCGAAGCUGUGGAGAAAGCCAGGGCUGAAGAAAGACGCAUCGCCCAGGAAGCAAUCCAGGCCCAGAAAAGCAAAGCCGUGGAGGAAAUUGUGAAUACUGGUGUCACAGUUAUUAAGGAUGAGAAGACCAGUGUGGCCCGACUGAUGAGGGAAAAAGAACAUGAAAUGAACAUCCUCUAUGGCAUAGCUCAGAGGCAGAGGCAAGAAGAGGUACAGGAAGUGCUUCAAGAAGCAGAGAAAACACAUCAGGCCACUCUUGGCAAUAUGAUGGAUAAACUGGCUAACACCCAGGGGGAGCUGCUGUCUAUAGCAAAACAACUGGGAAUCAUGACAAAUUGGAAAGAUUUCCUAGAGGAGGAAUUACAGGAAACCAGGAUGGCAUUUCAAAAAUACAUCAAUUAUACCUUUCCUAAGCUUUCACCAGGACAUGCAGAUUUUAUUCUGCCAGAAAGAAAGAAAACACCUUCUAAUCUUGUUAUUAAGGAGAACAAAACAACUCUUGAUUAGAAGUCUUCAGUUGAAAUUUCACUACAAAAGACAUCAUUCCAGACUAAAUAAAUUUACUCAAAAACCA